GGAUCUAACCAUGUGGACUGACGUGUGGAAGCUUAUUCUUGUGCAUUUGUUUCUGACCGAGCUCCGAUGCGCAAAAGGAACUCACGUGGAAUCGGAUUGCGAGACAGGGCAGUUCCAGUGCGGGAACGGGCGCUGCAUCCCGACCCUGUGGAGAUGUGAUGAUGAUGACGAUUGCUCGGAUAAUAGUGAUGAAGAAAACUGUCCAAAGAAAACCUGCGCGACCACCGACUUCGCCUGUAAGAACGGCCAGUGCGUGCCCGCUAGGUGGCGCUGUGACGGGGAGCCGGAGUGUGCAGACGGAUCAGAUGAAGCUGACGCAAUCUGCAGCCGACAGACCUGUCCUCCAGAGAAGUUCGAUUGUGGGGGCGUGGCCAGUAAGUGUGUGUCGUUGUCAUGGCGAUGCGAUGGCGAGAGGGACUGUGAGAACGGCGCCGACGAGGAGCAGUGCGCAGCUGACGCCAAAGCCUGCCCGAGCAAAGACUUCGCCUGCCGAAACGGAAAAUGCGUCUCCCAGAUCUUCGUUUGUGACGGGGACGACGACUGCGGAGAUUCCAGCGACGAAGAAAAGUGUUCGGCGCCCACUUGUGGCCAACACGAGUUCCGAUGCAAUGACUCAGAAUGCAUCCCGGCCCUGUGGAGCUGCGACGGAGAUCCGGACUGUAAAGACAAGUCGGACGAGUCCAUGGAGCGAUGCAGCCGGAGGACCGAAGCCCAGAAACCGCGCUGUCCGGUGGGAGAGUUCCAGUGCGGGAGCGGGGAGUGUGUGCACAUGAACUGGAAGUGUGACGGAGACGCAGACUGCAAAGACAAGUCGGACGAGGAAAACUGCCCCCUGUUGACUUGUCGUCCAGACGAGUUCCAAUGCGGUGAUGGGUCCUGUAUCCACGGCACCAAACAAUGCAACAAAAUCCACGACUGUCCAGACUACAGCGACGAGGCCGGCUGCGUCAACGUGACCAAAUGCGAUGGCCCAAAGAAGUUCCGCUGUAAGAACGGAGAAUGCAUCGACACCAGCAAAGUGUGUGACAAUGUGAAGGACUGUAAAGACUGGUCUGACGAGCCCAUGAAGGAGUGUGGUGUGAACGAGUGCGCGGAUCACAAUGGCGGCUGCUCCCACCUGUGCAGAGACCGCAGGAUUGGAUAUGAGUGCGACUGUCCCCCCGGAUACAAGCUCCUGGACAAGAAGACGUGUGGAGACAUAGAUGAGUGUGAGAACCCUGACGCCUGCAGCCAGCUCUGCAUCAACUACAAAGGAGACUUCAAGUGCGAGUGCUACGAAGGCUUUGAGAUGGACCCAGUCUCCAAAGCGUGCAAGGCUGUCGGCAAGAGUCCAUACCUGAUGUUCACGAACCGCCAUGAGAUCCGGCGCAUUGACCUCCUGAAGAGCGAGUACUCUCAGGUGGUGCCCACGCUGAAGAACGCGGUGGCUCUGGAUGUGGACGUGGCCUCCAACAAGAUGUUCUGGUGUGACCUCUUCCACCGCAAGAUCUACAGCGCGCACAUUGACCGUGCGAGUGAAUCAUCAGAACAGGUGACGCUGAUCGACUCGCUGCACUCGCCCGAAGGCCUCGCCGUCGACUGGGUCCACAAGAACAUCUACUGGACCGACUCCGGCAACAAGAGCGUCUCCGUGGCAACCGUCGACGGCCUAAAAAGGAGGGUCCUGAUCGCCACGGAGCUGAGCGAGCCGCGGGCCAUCGCUGUGGAUCCGCAGCACGGGUUCAUGUACUGGUCAGACUGGGGAGAGUAUGCUAAAAUCGAGAAGGCCGGUAUGAAUGGAGUGGACCGUCAGAUUCUGGUGUCGCAGCACAUCGAGUGGCCCAACGGCAUCACGCUGGACUUGGCCAAUCGACGUCUGUACUGGGUGGACUCCAAGCUGCACCUCCUGUCCAGCGUGGAUCUGAACGGAGACAAUCGCAAAGUCCUGCUGUCCUCCACUGACCAUCUGGGACAUCCCUUUGCUCUCACAGUUUUUGAGGACCGGAUUUACUGGACAGACCUCGAGGAUGAAGCCAUUUACAGCGUGAACCGUUUGACUGGACGCGACGUAGCGAAGGUGGCGGAGCAUCUGAACAACCCUCUGGAUCUGGUGGUGUUCCACGAGCAGAGGCAGCCCCAAGCUCCAGACACGUGUAACCUGGGGAGUCUUCCUAAUGGGGGAUGUGAGUAUCUGUGUCUACGGGCUCCUCAGAUCACAGAGCACUCUCCCAAAUACACCUGCGCCUGCCCCGACGGCAUGGAGCUCGGCCCCGACAUGAGACGCUGUGCUGUCGUCCGACCAAGAACUACGACCACCUCCGCUACCACCACAACUACUACUACUACUACUACUACCACAACGCCAACAACGUCACCUCCUACAACUACUACAACUACACCAGCCCCAACUACCACGAGCACUACUACUACAACUACUACCACAAGUAAACCUGUCUCCACAACGACAACAACGCACUCCACCACGCCUCCACCUCCCAAAAGCACCUCCACAGAGCAGAUCCAGACCACCACGACAGAGAGGAGCACCCCGAGGAGCCCCCACGGGAGCACCCGCAGGAGCACAGAGAGCAGCAGCACCCAGCAGACGCCCACCUCCUCACACACACCCCUGCUCGGGCCCACUGCUCCAGACGGGGUGCAGAGGGAGAGCAACGGCAAUCUGUCACAUAGAGCUGCCGGCGAUCACUACCUCAUAGGGAACAACAUCACCGUGGCCGUGCUGGGCAUCGUCAUUCCUAUCGUACCUAUCCUUGCCACAGUGGUCAUCGGUCUCCUCUGCACGGGCGCGUACCUGGUCUGGCGAAACUGGCGACGCAAAAACACCAAGAGCAUGAAUUUCGACAACCCCGUCUACCGCAAAACCACCGAGGACGACGACGACGAGAUCCACAUCGGGCGGCACAGCGAGUCCAUCGGGCACGUCUACCCUCCAGUAGGUGGCAGUCACAGUCAGCCGUUCAUAGCCCUGCCACUAGGGGGAGGUAUCACAGACAAUAAUUCACACUGGUACUCAGGAGCGCCCAUGUUGACCAAAAAGUGA